AUGGAUGCUUUAACAACAACUGCAAUUAAUGUGACAACAUUGCCACCUAGUGAUGGAAACCAAACUGGAAAUGGUACCAUACGACAGGCUUACUUCGGUACAAUUUAUGUUUACGGUGCUAUUACUGCUACAACUACUCUUACUAACACUGUCAUGCUAUGCUUCAUAAUUUUUGAACGUAAAUUGCAUACUAUGUCGAAUUGGAUCUUGGCUAGCAUGUUCUGCGUUGGAAUCGUUUAUGCUUUAGUGUAUUUAUUUCCGCGUUGGGUUAUGUUUGUACCUUGGCGGUUAUUUAAUAGCUAUGCUUGCCAAAUUCUGCCCCUAGUUGGUUCUGCUUUAAUUAUUAAUUUCAACUUACAUUUAGUAUUAGUUAGUUUAGAUCGAUACUGCUGCGUCAUCUUCCCAUUUCAUUAUAAUAUGCCUCAAGCGCCAAUCAUAGUUCGAACCUCAAUACUUGCUGCAUGGGUUAUUAGCUUUAUUAUCGCUUUCAUGCCACUUUGUACCUUUUUGGUUCCCGUUAUCGGCAAAUGCAGCGAUCAGCUUAAUACCCGUUCUUUUCAUAUUUAUACUCUUGUUGCUUUUAUCAUGCUCUUCUACCUACCAUUAUUUAUGUUAUGCGUCGUUUAUUCAAGGAUAUUAUGGAUUGUUAAUAUCCAUACUCAACGUCGUAAUGAAAUUUUAGCACAGUCUAAUUUUAUGCCCGCGUCUGUGAUAAGACGUAAUUUGCGUGCCAUUACUUAUACAGCUAUUUUAAUUGGAUUUUUUAUGGCAUUUUGGUUGCCCGCUUUAAUUCAGUAUGCUGUCCUCUUUCCUACAGUCCAUUUAGGUUUAGAUAAAUUAAAUAUCCAGUUAGGGGAGAUUUUUCGUUAUUUGAGUUUAGCUUAUCCUGCAAUCAGUCCACUACUAUACGCUUAUUUUACCCCAACUUUACGGUCAGAGAUCUAUAAAAAAUUAACUAGUAGAAUUUGCCAAAAUUCAUACAAGAGCUCUCGAUCUAUCUACCCAGAAUAUUCCUAA